CCUUGCUCCUAUUCAUACGAUACUGCUAGGCCUACCACAAAAAUGAAACUCGUUAGUAAGGAGGUGGAAAAAGAUGGAUCAGGUCAAGUUACCUUAAUACCAGUUGAAGCAGAAGACAUGUGGCAUGCAUAUAAUCUAAUCAGCGUUGGUGACAGCCUUAGGUCAACAACGGUGCGAAAGGUCACAACAGAAUCGUCAACAGGAAGUAGUAGCAGUAGCCGUGUACGCACCACGCUGACCAUCUCAAUUGAGGAUAUAGACUUUGACACACAGGGGUGUAUGUUAAGGGUCAAAGGUAGAAAUAUACAAGAGAACCAGUAUGUUAAGAUGGGAGCAUACCAUACACUGGACUUGGAGCUCAACAGAAAGUUCACACUGGCUAAAGUAUGCUGGGAUAUCAUAGCACUAGAAAGAAUUGAGAUGGCUUGUGAUAUAGCACAGUCAGCAGAUGUAGCAGCAGUGAUCUUGCAAGAAGGUCUUGCACACGUGUGCCUGGUUACAUCCAGCAUGACCGUCAUCCGUGCCAAACUUGAACAGAAUAUUCCUCGUAAACGCAAAGGAUUCUGCCAGCAACACGACAAGGCGCUUCUCAAGUUUUAUGAUUCAGUUUUACAGGCCAUUCAGAGGCAUAUAAACUUUGAAAUUGUGAAAUGUGUAAUCGUAGCAAGUCCUGGAUUUGUGAAAGAUCAGUUCUGUGAAUAUCUUUUCCAACAAGCUGUGAAGCUUGACUUAAAGGUACUGCUAGAAAACAGACACAAAUUCAUCCAGGUACAUUCAUCUUCUGGUCACAAACAUGCACUGAAAGAAGUAUUAUCAGACCCAGAUCUUUCAACAAAGUUGGCUGACACUAAAGCUGCUGGGGAGGUGAAAGCCCUGGGGCAAUUCUACACUAUGCUCAAUUCGGAACCAGAUCGAGCAUUGUACGGUAUAAAGCAUGUCGAGAAGGCUAAUGAGGCAUCUGCAAUAGAAACAUUACUAGUUAGCGACACACUCUUCAGAUCAACAGAUAUCACUCAAAGGAAGAGGUAUGUUGCACUUGUUGAGGAAGUAAGGGAGGGUGGAGGAGAUGUCCGUAUAUUUUCGAGUCAGCAUGUGUCUGGUGAACAAUUGGAUUUGCUGAGCGGAGUGGCAGCCAUUUUGAGAUUUCCGAUGCCUGAUAUUGAAGAAAUCGAUUCAAGUUCUGAUGAAGAUUAAAUUCUAAGAAAACAAGAUGAGUUUAAGGACAGGUUCAUAGACUGAAGUACAAUUAUUAAAGAAUUAAAUGUUGAACUUGUAUAAUAUCAACAGUGAAAUUAUUUAAAUGAAUAUGCUAAUGAGGAGUGCCAUAUGUUGACCAGUGAUGCAUAUAAAUUACUGACAGCUUUUACUUUCAGACAUACAUGGCUACACACUUAUUAACAAUAGAAUGCAAGGUCAGGAUGUUGAUAUUUUAUCAAGGCACAGAAGAAUAGAAUGUGGGUUUACUAAGUGAUCAUGUUACCUAUUGACCAGGUACUUAAAGUUGGCAAAUAGAAAUGAUUUGUAUAGACAAUUAAAGAAUAUUGAAUGUAAGAUAAUGAAUGAAUGUAUGAAUAGUAUUUGAAUGAGAAUAAAGUAAUGAUAUUGGUCACACCAUAAAUCUUGCUAUAAAUUUUAAAAGAUGCUUAAAUAAAAUAAAAAUAUAUAUAUGACAAGGUAAAAUUUAUGAACUAGCUAAUGGACAACAUAACACAUUUUGCCUUGCUGCGCAAACAUGUCACUGCUUUUGGAUUAAAUUACCCCCUCAAUGUUGACUCUUUUUACUACAGUACUUGUAAAAAAAAUACUACCCCCUCAACGAUGACUGAAUAUCAAACCUGCUUCAUGUUACUAUUUUUGGCACGGCAGACGGAAAGCAUUUUGACUGAGUAUUUCAACCAUAUUUAAUCUAGCAAAAUGAAGUAUCCACAAAUAUAAGAGCAACUAUAUUAAUAAAACAUCAGAUUUCAUCUAGAGAUGAAAUCAAAUUUGUCACCCUAAUGAUCUCAAUUUACCUUAAUUUUGGAUGCAUUUUACCAAAUUCAAGAAUUUUUUUUUUUUGAACAAGGUUUAGUACAGUAUAAUGUGUAUGUAUAGUGAUUCUGAUCUAAUAGAAUCACUAUUUGGAGGGUGUAAAUAAAGAACUUGUUAUAAAAGCUUGGCUGUACAGGCUUCUGUUGAACCAAAUAGUGGCCAAAAAAUGCAUUAAAAACAACAGAUGUUAAAACAAACUGAA